GCAAGGCGGUGAGCAGGCCUAAGGGAGGAGCCUGAAUAUAAACCAAACAAGCCUCCACACCCUGCAGUCAAAGGAAGUUCCUCUGCAUUCUUUCCAUACAUGCGCACACACACACACGCACACAUAGCAAGAAAGCUGCAAGUACUCUGCGGGCUGAUAGUAGGGGGUGUGGUGGGCCUGCUGGAGGCCUGCUGGAGGACUGGAGACCAGAAUCUCAUCAUCACCCAGGCCCUGCCAGCGCCAUCAUGAGUAAGGCAGGAUGCGACAACGAUGGAGGAAGCAUCUUUGAGGCGCACCCUGAGAAGUCACUAAGUGACAAGGCCACGGCUACUACGGCAACAGGGCCGGGAUGGACAAAGGUUAGCUGCCCCUGUUGUGUGUCGGAGCGGGUUGAGCCGCUGGUUCUGGUGAAACUUGGUGAGAAGGUCCGUCCUGAGACCAAAAGAUGGCUCAUCAGAUUGAUUGGAACUCCACAGAAAGAAGGAGGUGCAGCAUUGCUGGCCCACCCGGGUGAAGACGCCACUGGUGACAUCAUCAUGGUCUCCGCCCCACGGUGCACAUUGUUACAAGCCACUGAGGAGUUGGGCCUGUGUAAGACGUAUAACACCGGGGAAAUGGAGGCGUUCUCGUACGACGACAGAGACAACUUUCGACAUUCAGACGACAUGGAGCUCUUCCUGACGCUUGCUGAGAGGCAGUACAUCAUCAAGUAUGAGCUGGAGGGUCUGCGUGCGCGGAGGGAUGUGAGGAUACCUGGUCUGGCUGACAACUACGCCCUACAGCACAGAGACAACAUCUGGCAAAAGAUGACCUCCGCUGGUGUGAUUGUGGAGACGUUCCCCCUUCAUAACAGGGCGAGACUGAAAGAGCUCAGUAAAUCCUGGUACUCUGGGCACCAGCUGUCACAACCACUGGAUUCGGUCAAUGCGUAUUUUGGGAGCACGGUGGGAUUCUACUUCAGCUUCCUUGAUUUCUACACUUGGUCUCUGUUGCCACCGGCUAUUCUGGGCCUUUGCAUCACAUACUUCUCCAGUGAGGUUCAGAAGGAAGCGGUGGAGGCAGUGGCCGGCUCACAGGCCGAGAUCCACGAGGGGGACGCGGGACUCACCGCAAGUGGUCACAUGAUCCAGGCUGUGUUCAGCAUGCUCUGGUCCACCGUGUUCAUGGAGCUGUGGAAGCGCCGCAGUUCCUCCCAGUCCUACCGCUGGGGGACCCUUCACCUCGCCGAGCGCUUUGCGGAGCCUCGACCCGGUUUCCAUGGCCAUCUUGGGAUGAACCCUGUCACGGGUCGUAUGGAGCCUCUGUUUCCUGAAUGGCAGAGGGAUCUGCGGAUGGCACUGGUCUCUAUCCCGGUGGUCGGACUGUUUUUGGGGAUGGUGGUCCUUGGCAUGCUGUGUUUCUACUGGGGGGAAAACCAAGUGAUGUGGCUUCACGAGGGAUGGGACUCAAUGGUGUCCCAGACGUUACUCUACGCACCUUCUGUGCUUCACAUUGUCUACACGAAUAUGCUGGCCACGGUUUACAAGAGAGUGGCCCAGUUUCUGACUGAAUUUGAGAACCACAGAGAAGAGUCUGCGUUCCAGAACCACCUGACAGCAAAAGUGUUGGUGUUUACAUUCUUCAACUACUUUGCAGUCCUCUUCCACAUCGCAUUUGUCAAGCAGGAUGUGCCGUUGCUUCGUAAGCGCCUGGCAUCUUUGCUAAUCGUGACCCAGUUGGUGAACCAGGUGACAGAAGUGGUGGUACCUUUCCUUGUGGAUCACUUCAUUAGUGCCCCCCACAGGACGGAAACUGAAGAUGACCCGGAGGAGGACAAAUUUAGGAAUCAAAUCACCCUGCCAGUCUUCCCUGGCCUAUUUGCCGAAUACAUUGAGCUCCUGGUUCAGUUUGGCUAUCUGAGUCUUUUCUCAUGCGUCUACCCUCUGACCGCCGUCCUGCUGCUCAUCAACAACGUGAUGGAGAUCCGCUCCGACGCCUACAAGAUCUGCAAACUCUUCCGCAAGCCGUUCUCCGCCCCCGCGGCCAACAUGGGUGUAUGGCAGAUUGCGUUUGAGAUCCUGAGUUUCGUCGCGGUGGUGUCUAACUGCUGGCUGUUGACACUGUCUCCACAAUUGCAAAGGAUGCAUCAUGAGGGCCAGAUGAGCAACACCAACAUCGUGCUGAUGGCCAUUUUGGCUGAGCAUGUUCUCAUCGUAGUCAAGGUGAUUGUGGCGGCCCUGAUUCCAGACGAACCAGAGUGGGUCAGAAAAAAGAAGGCCCACAUGCAGUACACGUCCAUGCAGGCUUUACGGCAGCAGAACCUCCCUUCUGAAGAAUCCUGAACCUGUGACGCAAUGGAUCAGCUGGACCCAAAACGAACAAUUUUUGAGCUUCGCUAGCCCGAUGCUAUGCCUGCAUACUCAUCAUCCAAAGUUUUUAAAGGUGCCAUUUCAUACUUUGGAGACAAAUCACGUUAUUUAUUUUAUUCAAUUAAAAAAAAAAGAUUUUAUUGGAAAUUCACAACAGUGAAAUGUUAUACCCCAGUCUUAUAUGUAGAAAACGCUAUUCAAUGUGAAUUUAAAAACAUCCUUCCGACUUUAAAUGUGGCUGGCGGUGAUGAGUUUAGACUAAUAUAUAUAUAUAUAUAUAUAUAUACACACACACACACACACACACACACACACACAUACCUGUAUAUAUAUAAAAACAAAGACGGAUUGUAUAUUUGUGUCAAAUACAAUAUUAACUGUAGGGCAUGGUUUCCCCACAGCAUUAACAUUGGCAUACCAUAUAACAGUGGUCCUCAACUAGAAAUGCUGUCGGUCCACUUUUUUAAAUUUAUUUAUAAGAAAGCCCAAUUUCGUGUGCUUGGUAAUUUUGCACCUCGCAUUGUUUGGUCAUCUGAACAGCAGUAACUUUGUCUCCCAAGUUCCAAAAUUCCAAUUCCAGCAAGCUUCUAGCUAGAAAGACAUAUGGUGCUUCGAUAAUGUACAGUACACGUGUUCAGCUGCACUCUCCAAUCACAUGGACAUUGGCAGUGCAAUUCAAACAGCAUUUAGAGUAUUUGUCCCAUUGUAAGAAUACACGCAAACUGAAUGUAUAUAUUGUUUGUUGCCUUUAAAAGGAGAUUGACAUUACAAGGGUUUGAGGUGGUUAAAAGGGAGUGCGCGUUCAGGGAGAGGCAAAAAUAUUUCUCAUGCUGACACUGUAUUCUUGAUUCUGUAGAUAAGCUAAAGCGAGUGACAAUAGGAAAAGAAAUAUCUGAGUGAACAGUACGCAGUUGACUUGAAACUGCUCUCUUGAUCGUAAUGAUAAUUGUUGAGGAAAGUACUACAGACUACUACUUAUUAUUUGCUUUGGUCGUAACAAUACUAGACUGUGUUUUGGUACUGAACUCCCAUAAAAAAUGUGGCUGCUAAAAUGCUCAAAUCUUUUUUUUUUUAAUGCUGGAUUUGAAUAUUAAGCCUUGAGAAAAAUAAUAAGGAAAAAAACAAAAGACCACUUGUGCUCUGCUAUUGUAUGCGUUUUUUUUUUGGCGGUGGGGGGGAUGUGUUGUCCAAUGUUUUAUAUUCUGGAUUGUGCUUCUAAUGACUGCUUAACUGGUCAGUAUUACCACUCAUUUGUCUUCUGUGCACAUUGUGCUAGUCACACUUCAGUGCUGGCAGACGGAGCAUCACACAUACACGACGACGACGUCAAUGCGGCCACUCGCACAUUGGAGGCUUUAUUCUUCCAAAAAACAGCGCUUGUGGCUCCCCAAUCUGUUUACAAUAAAAAAAAAGAGAUAUUCCACAUCCAGCCACCAGUCGGCAUCAACUCAAUGAAGUGUUCUGCAUGUGUUCGCUUGACCUGACGUGUGGACCACAGGCUGUAUCGCAAUAAAGACGCAAAUGAAGAAA